AUGUUGAGGGAUGGCGUGGCUCAGUGCGAGCUCCGAGGCUCACGCUGGGCUCGGGAUAAAGAGGAGACUACACAGACUGUAUGGUAUGAGGACACUGGCAGUGGCAUGGCUAAAACAAGUGCAAGAGUUAACGGCGAGAGUCAAGGCGAUGCAAGGGGCAGAGUGUUUAUGACUAAAGUUGAGAUGGGUCUGUCCGGAUGUCCCAUCGCUGCAGCCGAGAAGCUGGCCAAAGCCCAGGAGAAGCACCAGAGCUGUGACGGCCCCAAAUCCAACCAGUCCUCCGACCGAGUCUUAAGGCCUAUGUGCUUUGUCAAACAACUGGACUAUCCACAGUAUGGUUACAAGAACAAUGUCUCCACCAGCACGCCCCGCUCCAACCUGGCCAAGGAGCUGGAGAAGUACUCCAAGACCAGCUUUGACUACAGCGCCUUCGACGGCAGCAACAACCACCAGGUGUACGGGAAGCGGGCCAUCGCGCCCAAGGUGCACGGACAAAGGGACACCUCGCCGAAAGGAUACGACGCCAAACGCUACUGCAAGAACUCCAGCUCGGCCAGCAGCACAACCAGCACCUACGCUCCCAGCAGCAGCAGCAGCAGCCUGAGCUGUGGUGGCGGUGGAGGGGGCGCGGGAGGUGGCGGGGGCAGCAGCGCCAGCAGCACCUGCAGCAAGAGCAGCUUUGACUACAGCCACGACAUGGAGGCUGCCCACAUGGCAGCCACGGCCAUCCUCAACCUGUCUACACGCUGCAGGGAGAUGCCACAUGGCAUGGGGGGGAAGCCGCCGGACCUGUGCUCGCAGAGUCCUGGUCUAGACGUUGAUGAGAACGGUACAUUGGACCUGAGUAUGAGCAAGCGUCUGUGCGGCCGUGCUGGUGGAGGUGGUGCUGGAGGGGACUCUGUGCUCACCCCUCUAGAGCCCAUGUCCCCCCAGAGGCAAGCGGCCCUGCUGGGCUCCCGCUGCUACGGCAUGGGGGAUGCCGCUGACUGCUGGGACCUGCCAGUAGACUACACCAAGAUCAAACACAUAGAUGAGGACGAGAAAGAGCCGGACGACCUGGACCCCUUCCACGACCUGCUGGACGACCGCUCCUACACCACCGACGUGAACAUGCCCAGCCCCAAGCCCAAGUACAUCCAGUGCAAGGAGAGUAAGAAGGACCUGAUAACUCUCUCAGGUUGCCCUUUAGCUGAUAAAAGCAUUCGAAGUAUGCUGGCCAACAACGCGCAAGAGCUCAAGUGCCCGACACCAGGGUGCGAUGGUUCGGGACAUAUCACUGGCAACUACGCCUCACACAGAAGUCUCUCAGGGUGUCCGCGGGCCAGGAAAAGUGGGAUAAAGAUCAUACACAGUAAAGAGAACAAGGAGGACCAGGAGCCCAUCAGGUGUCCAGUCCCAGGUUGUGAUGGUCAGGGACAUGUGACCGGGAAGUACGCGUCCCACAGAAGUGCGUCCGGAUGCCCCAUAGCAGCCAAGAGACAAAAGGACGGCUAUCUAAAUGGUAUCCAGUUCACGUGGAAGUCUGGCAAGACGGAGGGCAUGUCCUGCCCCACGCCGGGCUGCGACGGCUCGGGUCACGUCAGUGGCAGCUUCCUGACGCAUCGGAGUCUGUCGGGUUGUCCACGUGCCACCUCCGCCAUGAGGAAAGCCAGGCUCUCCGGAGUGGAAAUGCUCACAAUAAAGCAGCAACGCGCCAGCAACGGGCUGGAGCACGAGGAGGAGAUCAAACAGCUGGACGAGGAAAUCAAAGACUUAAGUGAAUCCAAUUCGCAGGUGGAGGCGGACAUGAUCAAACUGAGAACGCAGAUCACGACAAUGGAGUCCAACCUGAAGUCCGUAGAGGAGGAAAACAAGAAACCACUGGCACACAAAGAGCCUCCACUACGGAAUAACAGCUGCUUACAGAUGCACCAGCAAGAGCAAAUCAGCGAUCAGAACUUUGAUGCCUAUGUGACCACUCUAACGGAUAUGUACACAAAUCAAGAGCAGUACCAGAGCCAGGAAAACAAAACCCUGUUGGAAAACAUCAAGCAAGCUGUGCAAGGGAUCCAAGUGUAACCACUUCUCUAAGUGAAGGGACAUGUUUUUGUUUCCCCCGGCAGGUUUGGACGGUGCAUCAAAUCCGCACACAAACAGGCAGUGACGGUUUCAGCUCCUCGGUCGGUGCAGUAACUUAUAUAGUGUUAUAUAUUCUGAAUUCUCUCAAAAAAGAGGUGUUAUGCUAAGGAAGACCUCAAGAUCAUUUCUUUUCCGUUAUUCUUUUCCUUUUUUGGGUCCUGCUUUGAGAAGGAACAUAAAAAGAGACACACCGCAGAAUAGUUUUUGAGGACAUUCACAUUUUGUACGUUUUCAUAUGAGCUGACAUAGUGUCAUGUAAUGUUUCUAGCUGCUCAUGUAUGCACAUUUUUAGUGUAUAUUUCUGAACAGUACAAGCUAAUGAUUACGGAACGAGAGUUCUUUUUAUCGUUUGACAACAAAAGCAUUUUAGAUGAAAAAAACGGACAGUGAAAUAAAAACGAAAAAACUAUGAGCCAGGAGGAAGCUAGUUAUUUUUCUGCUCACGGGCGGAUUUUGGACUUGAUGAUUUUAGAUGUUUUGUUUUUCUCCUCCUCCUCCUCCUCCUCCUCCUCCUCCUCCUCCUCCUCUUCUUCUUGCGUGUAGAUUGUUCAAGAGCAAGAACUGGUUUGCGAAUUGCUUUAUUUUCUGACAAUGCUUGAGAAACGUUUGUGUUUUGUUUUGAUGAAGAACAAAAAAAAAGAUGUGUAGCUGUAGGUGGGGGCAUUUUCAAUUGGUGCUGUAAAGGAAACUGACCUGAUGUUUGUAUGAAUGUAUGUAUGAACAGUUAUAUUGUAAACAUCAUUACACGGAAACCCGAUGGUGGAAUUCCCAUUAAUCUAGGAGAGUAAAUUCCUAGAGGAACACAUCUGUGCGGUGCAUGCAUGUUCACAUGCUCAUCCUUAUUAACUAAUCUCAAAUAGAAAAUGAUGUGUAAAGACAAUGACCACAUUCUAGCCUUUCUAGUAUCAAAUCUGCUCAAUCUCGAGACCUGUUGUUGCUAGGAUCCAGAAACGUCUCAGCAAUAUAAUAAUUAAAUAAUUUGUUUAUCGUAGGUACAGGAUGCAAUCCGCAAAGGAAAGAAAAAAAAGGUUGGGUAUAUGCAAUUUCUUGUUUAUAAGCAUAGCGGGGUAACGUGAAUCUUUUUAAUAUAACCUAUGUAAAAUAUUGAUUUUUAUACAAAUCUUUUAAUACAAAAGUCUUUUUAAAAAAGAGGAGGGAACCUGGACAUUGAGAUUUAGAUGGGAAAGUAUAUGAGUUCCACUUUUUGUCUGUACGAUUUUGCACAGGGACACCUUCGUUUCCAUGUUUUGAUGUUCUUACAGGAACUAAAAGCAGUACCCGAGCACCUAAAAAAAAGGAGGGUUUCAGAGGGUUUUUGUAAAGAGUAUUUAUAGAGUAUGACAGCGGGACUUACAGGGUCACUGUCCCCACUUAUGUGCCAGUAGACUAUUUGCACUUGUCCUUGAAGAUAUUAUCCUUUGCGUACGGCGGCGUGCAAUUUUUUUCCAGGCGACCUCUUUGGCACUCGAUUGGAGCAACCAACCGCUCGGAGCCACUGCGGGCGUGGAUUUAGUACCACUGAGAGAGGAGGAACAGGGACGUGAAAUCAGAGAAGCGGAUGAUUAUAACCAUAGCAGUUAUACUGUAGGCUAUUAUGUAAAAACAUUAACAAUGUUCUUUCAUUUUUGCUAUGUUUUAGGAAGAUGAAGUUAUCCCCCAGCAGCACUUUAUAUCUAAUCACUGUACAAAGGAUUAAAUAGUCAAUCAAUUCAAGGUUUUAAAAAAAAAAGUGGAAGAAAACGUAGGUCUGGUGGAAUGAGACCUUUCGAGGGGUGACACAGUCACAAGCUGUGUGCACACCCCUCCGUUCUGUUGUUCUAGUUGUUAGCGAUCAUGUUCAGAAUUUGCCUUUUUGAGAGCUAAUGCAGAAGGUGCUUGUCGUUCACCUGAUUGAAUCUCAUCUAUUGUACUUUACUGUCCUCUUUCAGGACUCUACUACCCAUCAUCCAUGACUGCAUACGCCUUUUCUCCACAGCAUCGUGUCUGCAGCUUUUUGCCAAUAUAGUAAUGCUUCAGUAGAGUAAUAGCUAGUACCAGUUUUUGAAUUACUUCUCAUUAUCAGUGAAAAUGGAAAAAGGGGUUUUAAAGCACAAACUGGCUGCUCAUCUGAUGUUGGUACAUAAAUAACAAAUCUGAAAAAGAGUUAUCUGUGACUAUCUAUAGGGAACACAAAAACGGUCGUCAAGUAUUUAGAAUGCUGACUUUUCAUAUAAAUUAUUGUGAAUCCAUCAGAGUUUAUCAUUUUCUUUGAGCCGAUUCAUUUCGAGGUUGAUUUGAGUGACCAUUAACAAAGACAGGAUUUUGUAUAAACUAUUGUGCUCUCUGUGGAACUGAAGUUUGAUUUAUUUUUGUACUACACAGCAUGGAUUUGUUGACAUUUUAAUUUUGCUAUAAAUGUGUGAGAUCACAAGUUGCUGUGAUAUUUAAUUUAUAAAUUGUGAACUUUGUACAAUUUUUGU